UUUAAAAUUCCACCCAUUUCCUUCCCCGGAGACAUUUCUCGUUGAAAUCUCUGUUUUUAAUGGCUGAAAACCGCCACCAACAAGCUCUAAACAUCUCAGCUCCGCCGAUGCAGCACGGCGGCGACAGUGGGGUUUUUGACGACGAUGGCCGUCCAAAGAGGACAGGGACUGUUUGGACGGCGAGUGCUCAUAUUAUAACGGCGGUUAUUGGGUCGGGUGUUUUGUCGUUGGCUUGGGCGAUUGCGCAGCUGGGAUGGGUGGCUGGACCUGCCAUGAUGGUGGUGUUUUCGGCGGUGACUUAUUUUACUUCCACUUUUCUCGCCGCCGGUUACCGCACCGGCGACCCUGUUAACGGCAAGAGGAACUAUACUUAUGUGGACGCCGUCAGAAACAACCUCGGUGAAUUCAAGAUGAAAUUUUGUGGAGUGGUUCAAUAUGUCAAUCUUUUUGGAGUAUCCAUUGGAUACACAAUAGCCGCAUCCAUAAGCAUGAUGGCAAUCAAGAGAUCCAAUUGCUUCCACAAAAGUGGAGGCAAGAAUCCUUGUCAUAUGAACAGCAAUUCUUAUAUGAUUUCAUUUGGAGUAGUGGAAAUUUUGCUGUCUCAAAUUCCAGAUUUUGAUCAGUUAUGGUGGUUAUCUACCGUUGCUGCUGUCAUGUCUUUUACUUACUCCACUAUUGGGCUGGUUCUUGGGGUCAUGCAAGUUGCAGAUAAUAGAAAAUUUAAGGGCAAUCUUACAGGAGCUGACCCUGGCACUACCGAAAAGGUUUGGAAUAGCUUCCAAGCCCUUGGAGACAUAGCUUUCGCUUACUCGUUUUCGAACGUUCUCAUUGAAAUUCAGGAUACUAUCAAAGCUCCUCCAUCAGAAAUCAAGACAAUGAAAAAGGCAAGUCGUACGAGUAUAGCAGUGACAACAAGUUUCUACUUACUCUGUGGUUGUAUGGGGUAUGCAGCCUUUGGGGACUUAGCACCAAGCAACCUCCUAACCGGUUUCGGCUUCUACAACCCGUAUUGGCUUAUCGACAUAGCGAACAUAGCCAUUGUAGUGCAUCUCGUUGGUGCAUACCAAGUUAUGUCUCAACCUAUAUUCUCGUUCAUUGAGAAAUUCGUGUCGAACCGAUUCCCAGAUAGUCAAUUCAUCAAUAAAGAUAUGAAGAUCCCAAUCCCGGGCUUUCGCUCCUUGAAACUCAAACUCUUUAGGAUGGUUUGGAGGACGAUAUUUGUGAUCGUCACCACUCUGAUCUCGAUGCUCGUUCCGUUCUUCAACGAUGUCACUGGACUGCUAGGAGCCAUAGGGUUUUGGCCUCUCACUGUUUACUUCCCAGUUGAAUUGUACAUUGCUCAAAACAAGAUCCCAAAAUGGAGCCCAAGAUGGAUAGCCCUCCAAAUUCUGAGUAUGACUUGCGUGGUGAUCUCCAUUGCUGCAGCAGCUGGGUCAGUAGCUGGAAUUAUUCAUGAUGUUAAGUCAGUUAAGCCCUUUCACACCAGCUACUAGUUCAGUACAAGUUUGUUCACCUGUCAUUGAUCACCUGCUGCUGAAGAAGAACAAAAGCAACUUCUGUAUUGUUUUGAAAUGUCUGUAAAUGGUGAAUCUAAGAGAUCCACAACUAUCAAUCCAUCAAAAGGAAACUAGACUAUUCCUAUGGAAAUCGAAAUCGUUACUUUGUCUCCC